AUGUCUCGAUUACAUAAAAUGUCGAUCCAAGGCAUUCGGAGCUUUGGAAAUCGCGAUCAAGAUACCCAAGUGAUCACAUUUUUUUCGCCGCUAACAGUUAUCGUUGGUCCUAAUGGAUCAGGAAAGACAACUAUUAUCGAAUGUUUAAAAUACAUGGCGACGGGCAUCAUGCCACCAGGUGCCAAAACAGGUGGUGCAUUUGUUCAUGAUCCAAAAGUCGCACACGAUACUGAGGUACGCGGUCAAAUUCGUUUACUAUUUCAAGAUGUGACUGGACAUAAUGUACAAGUGCAACGGACACUUGUUGCAACGCAAAAAAAAACAAACAUUAGUCUUCGAACGUUGGAGGGCGUGAUCAUACGUGAAGGAAUCAACGGUGAACCGAUUCAAAUCACUUCCAAAUGUAUUGAACUAGAUAGAGAAAUGGUCACUGCUUUUGGUGUUUCAACAGCGAUUCUUGAAAAUGUUAUCUUUUGCCAUCAAGAAGAAUCGAACUGGCCAUUGAGUGAAGGAAAACAAUUGAAGAGUAAAUUCGACGAUAUUUUUGCAGCCACUAAAUACAUGAAAGCACUGGAACUCAUCCGAAAAAUUCGCACAGAAAAAUUACAAACAGUGAAAAUAAGUCGAGCAGAAAUUGGACAUCUGAAAACUUAUCGAGAUAUGCUAGUCCAAAAAAAGAGACAACAUGCUGAAAUCGAAGAACGUCAACAAACAUCGACAGCGAAUGUUGAGAGAAUCAAUCACAAACUAGAGCCAAUCGAUACUCGUUUGGAAUUCAUCGUCAAAGAGAACUCGAAAAUGAUCGAUUUCCAGCGACAAAUGGAUCGCCUGACCAAUGAAUGUGAAGCUUUGAAAAAGCAAAUUCGUGAAUUAAACUCGGUCAUCGACGAACCAUUUCAGGGUUCGGAAGAUGAACUAAAACUUGUCAUUGCUAAUUUCCAACGUGAUCAAGAUAGAAAGAAACGAGAACUUCAAGACUUGGAACAGAAGAAAUUGUCCAUUGAACGGCAAUUGAGGAAGCUUGCCGAGAAACGAACAUCAGACACAAGUCGUUUAGGUGCCUAUGAAUACGAAGAGAAACAGUACAAAGUAAAUUUGACGCGUCAGCAGCAAUUUAUUGAUGAAUAUGGUCACCAAUCAUCUCAAAUUGUCGAUAAGACCAACUUCAACCAAACUUUUGAUAGACACAUUCAAUUCGAACAGAAACAACUAAUGGAAAAACGUUUAUUUUAUCAGCAGCAAGAAACAAAUCUGCAACAGGAAUUAGACAAGUCCAAAGAACAACGUAUCAAAAUCGAAUCGACGAUUAAACUGAAAAGUUCUCAAGUCGAAAAAACAGUCAAAGAAAUUCAAGAUAUAAAACAACAGCAGAAGCAAAUCGAACAAUAUUCCAAACACUUGAAUGAAUUGAACAAACGAAUUGAACGUAAAGAAGAAGAAUAUCAAGAGAAAAUCGUCGGAGGACUUAAUCUUGAGCAGCUCAAACUUGACAUCAGUACCGAUGAACAGACACGUGCACAGUUACAGUUUGAAUUAAAAGAUUUAAACACCGAAAUCGAUAGUUUAUUAGUCAAUGCGAAGAUCAAUACUGAAUACGAAAUGUUCAACAAAGAAAAAUCUGAACGUGAAGAACAGAUUCGAAAAAUUAAGCUCCGACAUCAUGAAAUUCUUUCGACAAUCUUUCACGGAUCCAUUCCGGAACAAGAUUCGAAUAUAUACACUCAAUUUGAAAAUGAACAUCGCAAACUGCAACAAAAUCGUUCGACAUUAGAGAAACAAGUUCAAGAUAUUCGACAAGAUUUAUCCGGCAAAGAUCAAAAACGACGUUUACUUGCGGAAGACUUGAAACGUAAAGAUUCACUACGUAGUGAUUACACCGAUCGUCUACAAGAGCAGCUAAAUGGACAGAAUUACGAUGAAUUUCUGGAAAAAUUGUCCAGUGACGUUAAACAAAAACAAGAUGAAAAGGGCAACAUCGUGGGAAUGGAGAAAACCUACCAAAAAUUCGUCAGUCAAGUUCGAUCAACUUUGCAAACCGACCCAUGUUGUCCAUUGUGUUAUCGUAAAUUCGAAAAACAGUCCGAAGGUGAACAGUUAAUCCGCGAUAUGGAAUUGCAAAUCAAAGGUCCGGAAUAUCGACGCAAGAUCGAUCGUGAUCUAACUUUACUGCAAGAAAAAUUUGAAAAAUGUCUUAAUUUGAAACCGAUUCACACUCAACUGCAAGAUCUUGAAGAAAAAGAUCUGCCGACAUUGAAAGCUCAAAUGAAACAGCUGGACAAAGAGAUUGUUCAACUAAAGAGCAAACAAGCUGACAUUGAACAAGAACUGAACGAUCAAAUUUGCUUACCGUUAGAACAAUGCGAACAAAUUAAAACCGAUAUGAUUAUGUUGAACAAAUACAUCAACGAAAGAAAAGAUUUCGAAAGCAAAAUCAAUGUUUGCCAACAGAAACUGGGUAAGUUCAAUCGACUGUUCGGUCUUUCGUUGCAAGUUGAAUGCGUAGGCCAAGAGCAAAGUUCGAAUCCGCGUACACUUGACCAAGUUAAACAACUCAAGGACGAAGCUCAGCGUCAAUUUGAUUCCUUAGACAAAGAAUUACAACGUAAACACAAAGAACUUCGUGCUCAGCAAGAUCUCGUCCAACAAUUACGAGAAUCGUUGACUGAAUUGAAAAAUGAAAAGUUAAAAUUAAGUUCCGAUAUACAAAAGAAAGAGCGACUUGAUGAACAACUGCAUAAAUUAACUAGUUUAAUCCAAACAUUGAAAGAUGAAAUUGAACAUGAUAAGCAAGCAUUGGAACCGUUAAUCAACGAGAUCGAAACCAAAACCAAAGAAAGAAGUCGAAUAUUAAUAGAGAAAGAAAAAACACUUUCAGCACUCAAUGAAUCGAUCAACGCAUUGGAGCAGAAACUCAAUGAAUUAAAAACUCUAUCGGCAGCGAUUAAUAAUUUCGAAGACCGUACGUCAAAGCUGUUAGCUGAACUUCGUUCAUCAUUUGAUCAAUUAAAUAUCAGCGAAAAACAAUUCCAAAUGGAACUGUCAUCAUGUAUGACAACAAUUUCAGAAUAUAAGGACGAUUUAGCACGAUCGGACAUCCGUUAUCGUCAAUUGAAUGACAAUCGACAAUUGCUUCAGAGUCAAUUUGAACUCGAACAAAAAGAAAAGGAUCUUGUUGAAGUCGAAGAGAAAACUCAUGGCCUCAAAUUGGAUUCGCUUAUUCGUGAAGAAAAACAACUCCGGUCGACUCAGGAAAGUUUAUUGAAAGAGAAACAUACAGCGGCGGCACGUCUAGCAACACUCGAUCAACAAUUGAUCGAGCUAGAACAGGAACUCGAACAAGAGCAUUUGAAAAAUGCACAUGAACGUUAUUUGAAACAUUUCGUCCAACAAACAAUUGAGGAAAUCGCUUCGCAAGACCUCGAACGAUUCUACAAAGUUCUGGAUCAAACUAUGAUGACGUAUCAUACACAGAAAAUGAAUCAAUUGAAUAAGAUCAUCCGUGAUCUUUGGCGAACAACUUAUCGUGGCUCAGACAUCGACGCGAUUGAAAUUCGGUCUGAUGCAGAUGAAGAAAACGCAUCGAAAGCUCGACGUACAUACAAUUACCGUGUUGUCAUGCUCAAAGCUGGUUCUAUUAUGGACAUGAGAAAUCGAUGUAGUGCCGGACAGAAAGUCCUUGCUUCAUUGAUCAUUCGUUUGGCUCUAGCUGAAGCUUUUUGUCUCAAUUGUGGCAUCCUGGCAUUAGACGAGCCAACGACUAAUCUGGACUUUGAGAACAUCAAUGGAUUAGCUCAAGCAUUAAUUGAGAUUGUGAAGAGUCGAGCGAGUUUGAAAAACUUCCAAUUGAUUAUUAUUACACAUGACGAAGAUUUCGUCGAUUCGUUGGGCAAAUCGGCAUAUGCUGAUAAAUGUUAUCGUGUUUCAAAAACAAACAAUGGCUUAUCGAAGAUAGACGUUUGCAGUAUAGCGUCUUUUGGUGCUCAUUAA